AUGGCCGACACAGCUGAAGCUUCGGGAGCUGAUCACCAGCAGGAACCUGCCAAGCGCAACAGAGUGGUUGACUCUGUUGGAGAGAAAGCUCAAGAGGUCUUUAAGGAGGACUAUGCCCAGGCUCGAGAGCAUGUCGCCAGCGCUGCCAAGAGCCGAUCCUACCUCUACCCGAUCAAGGGGAUUUUCUACUUCAUCUCCCAUCGCUCACUUUGGAAGCCAUUCAUCUCCAAGCUCGGUCCGCUGGUCGUUCUCUCUACUGGUGUCAUUGGUGGCAUGUUCUUCUUUACAUACUUGCCACAGCUCGCCGUACUAUUCUUCGUCAAUGGCCCCAUUGCGCCCCUCUCUGCGGUUCUGUUGGUUCUCAAUGAGAGCACCACCAUCAUCAACCUUGUGUCUCGCAACUACCUCCUUCAAGAUGCCCUUCUCGAUGUGUUUGAUGGUACACUCCUUGCCCGUGGAGAUACCCAAAUCGUGAGCGAGGGACGAGAGGUCAAGUCUGGAGCAGAUCCGAUGCAGAAACUUGGCAAGAUCAUCAAGAGCCCCUUUGAGAAGUUCAGCCCCAAGGCUAUUGUCCGCUACGUGAUGUACCUCCCCCUCAACGCCAUCCCGGUUGUUGGUACGGUCAUCUUCAUCCUCAUUCAAGGUCGUACUCGAGGCAAGGGAGUUCACGGUCGAUAUUUCCAACUGAAGAAAUGGUCGCAACCCAAGAGAGAGGAUUGGCUUACCAAGAAUGUUGGCCCCUACACUGCAUUCGGACUAGUUGCCACUCUUCUCGAGAUGAUUCCGGUUGCUUCCAUGUUUUUCACAUUCAGUAACACAGUUGGAGCUGCCCUCUGGGCUGCUGAUAUCGAGGAUAAGAAUGCCUCGAUGAUUGAUGGAACUGCCCCUACUCUGCGUGAAACCGCAAGAAAGGCCGAAUAA